AUGGGUGACUCUAGCUCUGGUGCGCUAAGGGCUCUGUCGAAGAGUCCUGAUGUCCAAAGCCCCGGGGCCGCGCCCAAGGGUCCUGAAAACACGCCUUAUCGAGACUUCGAUCGCGAAAUCCCGGAUUCUCAAGAGGAUGAUGACGACGGCGGUUACGCUGACUACUCUCGAGCCACAAGAGGCUCCAAUAAGCGUAGAAGCUGUGACGAGCCUCUGGUUUCAAGGUCUAAGAAGGCCAAGACUACUGCUCAGUCCAGGGCGGGGCUUAAGAGAGCCCGUAAAUUCCAACACCCGCAAGUUUGGGGAAAGAAUUCAGGUCUCUUGCAGCUGCGCAACGGAAAUGCCCUUCGCGAUUUGUUGUUGGCUCCUGGAUCAUGGAACCGUUUGGGCGAGGCCGAUCGCGAGACCAUCUUGGCCAAAUUGCCCAACGGAUACCAGCUUGACGGGAAACCCGAUGUUGCAUCUCUGACAAACGACAACAACUUUCGCGACGACUGCUCGCAAUACUACAACAGCAUCCGGGACGGCCAUCUAACUGAGAAUUGGCUUACCAAGGCAUGGAAAGCCCACUACAAAGAUGUGCGCGGCGAUUUCAAGAAGCAUCUUUUCAAUGCGUUCAUGGAUAACUUCAUGGAGGAUGCUUCUGAGAAGCCCAAGAGGGCCGACAAGGGAACGGGCAACAAAUUGGGAACUGAAUCCAGCAAGAAGACGGAAAGGGAGACCAGCAAGAAGACGGACACCGAGGCCAGCAAGAAGAUGGACGCAGAGUUUAGCAACGAGGCCGACACCGAGACCAGCAAGAAGCCGGACGCAGAGUCGAACAAGAAAGCAGACACAGAGUCUAGCAAGGAGACGGACACAGAUUCCAGCAUGAAGACGGACACAGAUUCCAGCAAGAAGACGGACACCGAGACCAGCAAGCAGCCGGACGCAGACUCAAACAAGAAAGCAGAUACGGAGUCUAGCAAGGAGACCGAGGCUGAGGCCAGCAAGAAGGCUGAUGACGAACUGGCGCUGGCUGGUGACAACAAAACACAAGAUGCCACUGGCAAAGCUCCUUCGCCCAAGGCCACUGACUAG